AUGCAACACUCGACCGAAUACAAACAGAGACAAGAGGACUUUGUUUCCAAUAUAAGAGGAACUACACCCUUGGAAAUAUUUGGUUUAUCAUUCUCUGUUAUUUUGGUUCCAUUAUUGGAGCAAUUUGUAAAAGUUUUUCUGAUCCGAAGAUUUAAUUGGAAGAAUAACAAUACCAUUCUGAUAGGAUUGGAAAUUAUUCUUAAAAUUGUAUUUUACUAUGCCAUUCAGACUGUAUUUGUUUUGAAUGAACCUGUUUUUUCAAAGACCUUUUCUAUUAAUUUGAUUUGUGUGUGGCUGUUCAUGAUUGUGACAUGCUUGAUAUUCAAAUACUUGGGAAAAGUGAAUAAUAAGAAGGAAGAGUAUGAUGUUGAGGAGAAACAAGUUCUACCUCAACAACAACAACAGCAACAACACAUAGAAUUCUUAUCAGAAUAUAGACAUAGUAUGCAAUUGUCAACAAUUAUGGCCAUUUUAAUGGUGGAUUUUACACUCUUUCCGAGAAGAUUGUGUAAAGCAGAAACAUUUGGAUACACCUUAAUGGAUUUGGGAGUUGGAAGCUUUGUGUUUAGUGGAGCUAUUGUUUCCAGUUCUGCUAGAAAAGUCUCUGGAACAAGUCAAAAUUUAUCAAUUUCCAAAAUAAUGCACUCUCUCAUUCCAUUAGUUUGUUUGGCCUUCUUUAGAUUUUUCACUGUCCAAACUGUAAACUAUCAAACUCAUGUGACAGAGUAUGGAACUCAUUGGAAUUUUUUCACUACACUUGCUUGUUUAUUGAUUUUGUCAAUUGUGGCAGAUUUUGUAAAUAUAACAUCAAAUUGGAAGAGAAGUAUAAUAUCUGGAUUUUUAUGUAUAUUCACUCAACAAAUACUACUCUCAUACUUUAACAUGCAAGAUGUAAUUCUCUUUAAAGAGAGAUCCAAUUUUAUAUUGGCAAACAAGGAAGGUUUUGGUACAAUACUGGGAUAUUUUUCAAUACACUUGUUGGGUGUUGGCAUAGGUCAAUUUACCUUCUCAAAUCAUAAGCAUUCAAAAUUCUAUCUGACAAUAAUGACCAUAUUUUCUGUAUGUACCAUACUAUUAACCUUCCUUCCAUUCUUCUAUUUUGGAGGUAAUCAAUUUAUUGAAUCCCCAAAUAAUUCCCUUGACAGAACCUAUCACUAUCAAAUUAGCUAUUCAUUCUUUCAAGAAACUAAUUUACUCUUUUCAAUUUUGAUUCCAUCUAGAAGGAUGACAAACUUUGGAUAUGUUAUUUAUACCAUAUCUUUUAAUAUUACACUAGUGGCCCUAUUUUAUUUGGUGUCAGGUGUCACUAAGGAAUUACCUACCAAAGGACAAAGUCACGUGAGAGAUUCUAUGAAUUUCAAUCCUCUUUUUUCAUUUUUAUUUGCGAAUAUUAUGACAGGUUUACUCAAUUUAUCUAUUCAUACGAUUGAUGCAUCCUAUGUUACAGGUAGUUUAGUUAUAAUUAGUUAUGGAAUAAUUGUUUGUCUAGCUGAUAUAUACUUAUUCUCAAAGAAAAGAAAGGUUUUCUAG